AUGAUCAACCCCAGGGCUCUAUUCCCGACGGUGACGGUAUUCAUCUCUUUUAUAAUCACAAUUCUGUGUCUUUUCGCAGGAACGCAAAAGAACUUUUUUAGAAAAUGUGGACCUCUUAACAGCAGCACCGAUAGCUCCGCGCACGAUUUCUAUUCCGUCCACAUCAUGUCCUACUGCCAGGGAACAUUGGGAGCGAGCGAUCCCAGCGCCGGAGUCACGCGCAACGUGACCGACUGCUCGCAUCGCAAAAUCCUCUUCUCGUUCGACCCGACACAAGAGUGGCCAGAGGUCUCUCACGGACCGGAGCUAGAGUGGCCGCGCGUGAUCAGCGACGACUUCCAUGCGUUUAGAAUGACCACUCGGUCCAUGGCGGUGUUGUACUGCAUAGGGGUUGGCGCGAUGGGCGCGGCCCUCCUUGUAAAAGUGUGGACCGCGAUUGCCCCCAGGGCCGGUCAGGGCAAGAUCGAGUGCGGGUUUAUAAUGCUCGGAUCUCUCAGUGUUAGUGUGGCAUCGAUUAUUGCGACGGUCAUCGCGUUUGAAUUUGUGGCUUUGAUUAACGCCCACGGCAAGGGGUCGAAUGUGUCGGCCAAGUAUGGAGAGAAACUGCUCGGGAUGACAUGGGCGGCUGUGGGGCUACUCUUGGUGGGCAGUGUUGCCUGCUUUGUGAAUGUAUUCGUUCGUGGACCGGCACCCCCUCCGCCUAUGGAAAAGGAGAUGGACAUAGAGGGGUAA